CAGUUUGGUCGACUGCAAUCAAUUAUUUCCAUUUCUUAAAUUCCCAUUGGUGCAGACGAUAAGUUCCAAUAACUAUUAUUUAGUUCUCGACACUUAGACAGCAUGUUCAAAAUCGGGACAUUUUUAACCGACUUAAAAAUGUCUUUUAGCAUAUUUAAGUUAUUUUCAAAAUAUCUAGUGUUUUAAUUUUAGACGUUGUGCUUUCUAAAUAUUUGUCUUUAUAUUUGUUUCUUUUGUAAGCGGUAUACAAAAAAGCAUAAGCCAUUGAUCAAUUCCAAUCGAAUACUUAAGCAGUAAGCAGUAAGAACUCAAAUAUGAUUUUCAUACUGCUUAAGUUUGUGCCUCUCGUCUUUGCCUCGCAAUAUCGUUUAAUGCACUUUCCGCGUCCUCGGAAUCUUCUUGCAUGCCUUACAAUUAGUCGUGUUCAGAAUCGUGCACCGAAUCGUUACUUUAACAUUUUUAUUGAAAGUAACUUAUUAAACCGGUUGUAAAUCAUUGAGGCAUAACGUCUUCUACUUCCACGGAAGUGUAAAAAAAAAUAUUUAUAUAGAGCAAUUGCAAAAUGGCACUCAUAACGGUUUACUGGAUCCUGGACGGCAUGAUAAUUCUUAUGACUCUCGUCAUAACAGCCUACCUUUAUAUGACGCCCAAUUUCAAAUACUGGAAGAAGCGAGGUAUUUUGGAAAUAACACCAACACCUUUCUUUGGCAAUUCUAAAGAUUUCCUAUUUCUGCGGAAUAUUUCACCGGCAUAUUUUCUGAAAGAAAUCUACGAUAAAAUGAAGGACUUACCUUACGUAAGCUUCUACAUAUUGGACUAACCGUUCUUGUUGGUUCGCAAUCGCAAAUUCGUAAAAAAGAUUUUAGUGACAGAUUUCAGUAAUUUCUCCGACCGAUAUAAUACGGCAGAUCCAGCAGACAGCAUAGGUUACGCAAAUCUCUUUUUUAUAAGAAAUUCAACCUGGAAGAUAAUAAAAACGAAACUAACACCGUUUGUCACAUCUGGUAAAAUGAAGGAAAUGUUUGAGUUGAGGGGCCUUCUGAUUACUUCACCAGUCCUAACUCCCCACAUAAAUUAUAAAACUCCAAGUUUACGCAGAUAUUUAAAAAUAUUAUAUUUAAUAAAAACGAAUAGAAAGUAGAAUUUAAUGGAACUAACAAUAAGUUAGAUUAAUUGACAGAUCUGAUUAACAAUUCUGUGAUAAUAAAAAUUGCAACAAGUAAUGGAAAUCUACAAAAAUUAACAAAUAAACUUAAUUUUAGCGUUUAAUGGCGAUGAUCUUCUAGCGCAAGCAGCUAGUUUUUUCAUAGCUGGUUUUGAAACUUCUUCAACAACUACGGCUUUUGCGUUAUAUAAAUUUGCAGUACACCCCGAAAUUCAAAAUACUCUGCGAAAAGAAAUUCACGAGGCACUCGACAAAACCAAUGGAAAAUACAUAUGACUUACAUACGACAUGGUAUGCUAUCUCUCAUCAUUAAAUUGUCAAUUUAAUAAUAAUGCUUUAAUUUUUUUACUAAAGUUAUGUAGUUCACGUAUCUCGAUAUGGUGGUCUCUGAAACUUUGAGAAUGUAUCCAUCAUUGGGAUAUCUAAAUCGCAUGACUAAACAUACUUAUAAAGUGCCAGAGUUCAAUCUCGUAAUUGAGAAGAGUGAGAAACUUAUUUUAAUAUAUAUAAAUAUAUAAUUUUAAAAUUUUUCCAUUUUUUGUUCGCUGACUUAAUAGAAAAUAUUACAGUGUCGUAUAUUUUAACGGGAACCGUUUUGGGCUUUUGCAAGAUAAGCUAACGCUGCUUCAAAUCUUAAGCAAGUAUAAGAUAACACCAUGCGAAAAAACCACGAUACCAAUGGUAAUUGAUACAAACGGAGCCAUGACAGCGCCACUAGAUGGUUUAAUUUAUCUUAAUUUCUGAAAAAUUAAUACCAAUGCUAUUUAACAUUUAUUAAGACAAUAUUUAUUUUUUAAACUAUAAAAAAUUUGUACAAUUAAUUCUUUACUCUAAAUGUCUAAAUCAUAUAUUACACAAUUAACUUUUUAAUAAAAAAAUAAUAAAUGGGCGUUUGAAUAAAAAAAUUAAUGUAUGUAUAAUAUAGAUACACACACGCACGCACGCACACAAACACACACAUAUAUAUGGGUCAUUUUACGAAAUCCACAUAUGAAAUCUGGGACCAUACUUAUCGUUUAAAUCGCAUAUACUAUUCCGUUUAAAUCGCAGAAAAAUAUUCGUCAAUAUGAGUUAAAAUAAUGUAAAUUUUUUUAGAUUUUUAAAUCCACAAGUUUAAUGGGGGCGCUGCUGUCAUUUCCUUGACAUGUCGCGUUCUGACAUCGCUUUAAAGUAAAUUUUCACCAAAUUCUUUUCUGUUUUUUUUUUAAUGUG